AUGAUUGAUAUCGAGUUUCCCCAUAUUGCCCGUGAGCUUCACCUGGCCGGAGAGCAGGUGGAAGCCACGGUUGGAUUGCUGGACGGCGGCGCUACGGUGCCCUUCAUUGCGCGGUACCGUAAGGAGCAUACCGGCAGCCUUGAUGAGGUGGCGAUCACCAGCAUUCGGGACCGGUUGUCGCAGCUCCGGGAACUCAGGGAUCGGCGGGAGGCAAUCCUGGCUUCGCUGGAAAAGCGGGGUCUGCUGAGCGAGGAAUUGCGGAAGGCCGUUCUCUCUGCCGCAUCAAUGGCAGUCCUGGAGGAUACCUACCUGCCCUACCGGCCCAAGCGGCGCACCCGGGCCGCCAUCGCAAGAGAAAGGGGACUGGAGUCCCUGGCGUUGCGCCUCUGGGGUCAAGGGGGAUUUUGA